CUUUCUCGUUUUACCCCUCUUGCCUCGUUGGCGUCAUAACCGUUUCUGUUUUCGGUUAGCACAAUCUCAAUAGGUUAAACCAAAUUCAACCGGAAAAUAAGUCUUGUUACGUCACCAUGAAGACAUGUGAUUUCGGUAUAGUUAUGAUUUCGGGUUGGGUUUUCUUAAAAAAGGUGAAAGACAGCGGUACAAAUAGUAAAAUUGAAUUAACGGUGAAACAGAAGAGGAAAGGAUCAGCUCCUUCUCCGAUUAACGAUGAAAUUCGAGCUUUACAAAGACCUUGA